AGCGGCACUUUACCGGCACCACGCCGUCGCUCUGCUUUGCCCCUUCCGUCAGCCGCCCCACCUACUUCUCCACUUCUGCGAAAGAUGCCUCGCUAUGAGCUGGCUUUGAUCCUAAAAGCCAUGCAGAGGCCUGAGACAGCUGCAACACUGAAACGCACAGUGGAAGCUUUGAUGGAGAGAGGAGCAGUGGUGAGGAAUUUGGAAAACCUGGGCGAAAGAACGCUGCCAUAUAAAAUCUCAAAGCACAAUCAACGUCACACCAGAGGAGGGUAUUUUUUGGUAGACUUCAAUUCUCCACCAACAGUUGUUUCAGCCAUACAGGACCAUUUAGGACGUGAUAUUGAUGUGAUCCGGUCUUCCAUUUUAAAGCACCAUGUGGCAAAUUCAGAAGAAUGCAUGGGCAUGAUACCAGUCAGCACUGAAGAUAAACAUGAAGAAAUAAAUAGCCGAAGACCAUAGAGGCAUUGCAACCCCUAAUCUGAACCUACCAGUAGUUUUAAGGAUCUGUGAUUUAUGCAGUGUGCGUAGGUUUGUAUAUCAGCAUAGUGUUACUUUUGUCUAUUCUGCAGCAAAUGAAGUUUUAUAUAUAUUCUUUGUAUUUUAAAAUCAGGGCAUUUCCCCCCAAAGUAUUGCAUCUGUUGCUGAAGUUUAUCCUGCCCUAGAAAAUUCAGGCUGCUGUCUUAAUGCAUGCAAGAAAAAGAAAAAAAGUCCCAUUGAACAAAAUAGGACUUGAUCCCAAGUAAACAUGCACAGACUGAAACUGUCAAACUAUCAUUGUUUUUUUCAGUUAGGACCUUUCAGAUAUCAUAUACUUAUACAGUUAUAAUGUUCUACCAUGGUGUAAAUAACAUUUAAUGCAAAAUUUGUUAAUGAAUGUAAUAAAAAA